AUGAUCUACAGAGAAUUAACGAAAUUCAGGUAUGCUCCAGCAACUCAAUUGUGGAGAGGCAGACUCCAUGUGAUGGGUGGCAGCAAAGAAAACCGCCAUACGCCUAGUGUGGAUCACUGGAGUAUUGCUGUGAAGGAUGGCAAAGCAUUGGAGAAAGAGUGGCGGAAAGAAGCACCCAUUCCCCGUGGGGGACCACAUAGGGCUUGUGUUGUGAUGAGUGAUCGCCUCCUUAUUGGUGGUCAAGAGGGUGAUUUUAUGCCCAAGCCUGGGUCACCAAUUUUAAAAUGUUCUCGUAGGCAUGAGGUGGUUUACGGGGAUGCUUAUAUGCUGGAUGGUGAAAUGAAAUGGAAAGUGUUGCCUCCCAUGCCAAAACCCAACUCUCACAUAGAGUGUUCUUGGGUAAUUGUCAACAAUUCAAUUAUCAUUGCUGGAGGUACAACAGAAAAGAACCCAGUGACCAAAAGGAUGAUCCUUGUUGGGGAGGUUUGUCAUCUGUCAUGA